CUGACACUGCAUUCUUAGCUCGGCUACACCCUUCACCUGGAGUAACUGCUGCCUGUCACUUACACCCCGCCCCCUGCUCUCCUGAGCUCCCCGCCCGGCCCGGCUGCUGUAUCCACCACUCUGCUGCUGGUGAUUUCCCCGGAGUGAGGGAACAUGUUCCGGGCAGCUAUCAGCAGCCUCCCCGGCCGGGCACUGCCUGCCCUGGCUGCUGCUGGGUUAAUGUGGAAGAAAGAGAAGGGGAGGGAGCGGCGAGGAGAGAGGCCGGGCAGCUGGAGGAAGGAAAUUCAUCCAUACUACAAUCUGAGUGUGACUGUAUUAAGAGCCAAAAACAUUCACGGCGUGGACCUGUUGUCCGAAGCAGAUUGCUAUGUUCAGUUGCAGCUCCCCACUGCAUCUCCACUUCCUAACAGGACAAAGGUGAUCUACAAUUCCAGUGACCCAGAAUGGAAUGAAACGUUUCACUAUCGGAUUCAUGGAGCAGUUAAGAACAUUCUGGAGCUGACGCUGUAUGACAGGGACCUGAUGCUGGAUGACAAACUUGCUUCUGUUGUAUUUGAUGUGGGAUACAUUAAGCCUGGACAAACCACCAGGCGAGUUUUUAAACUCAACCCGAAGGACAAGGAGGUGUUGGAAGUUGAGUUUCACCUUGAAAAAAGCAAAGAUCCACCUUCUGAAAUCAUAACCAAUGGAGUGCUAGUGGCUCAUCAAUGUGUAUGUAUUGAAGGAAGGGUCGAGAAUCGAGAAAAUAAGGAGACAGGAAAUCUGGUGAAAUUGUCUGUGCCUGGAUCCUAUGAGAAGCAAACCUGUGUCUCCUUAACACCAUCACAAUCCCAAGAACUUGGCACUCCAUUUAUAUUCCAUGCUGACCAUGACAUGAGUCCACAUAUAAAUGUUUGCCUGCAGAAAACGUUGCGAGUAGGACAGGAUGAUUUUGCUCCUGAGCUCGACAAAAAGAAAUUAUAUUUAGGUACAGGUUCUAUACCAAUUUCAUCACUUCCUAGUGGGCAGGAAAUAAACAUCAGCCUACCUCUAUCCAAGGACCAGAUCAUCAAUAUGAGUAUGAAAAAGGAGAGCACUCAGCAGCUUGACCUUCGCCUUGGUUUUAAACUAUCGAAUGGGGAGCAAGACUUUUUGGAAAAGAGGAAGGAAGUUGUUGCACGAUCCCUUAAAGAAGCCCUAGAGCUGAAUAGAGUACCUAGUGCUGAUGAGGUCCCAGUGGUGGCAGUGCUGGGUUCCGGAGGUGGAACACGAGCAAUGACGUCAUUCUACGGUAGCCUGCAAGGCUUGCAAAAUCUGAACUUACUGGACAGUGUUACAUACUUAUCAGGGGUGUCUGGAUCAACUUGGUGCAUGGCCACCCUGUAUAAAGAACCUAACUGGUCGCAUGAGGAUCUCCAGCACUUAAUUAGCAGGGUACGGAAAUCUGUUACAUCUAGCAAGGCCCAUGCCUUCUCAGCAGAGAGGAUCAAGUACUACUCCCAAGAGCUGAUGGCGAUGGAGAGGGAUGGGCAAAAAGUCAACUUCAGUGACCUGUGGGGCCUCGUGUUGGAAUAUUUUCUUAAUCAGAAGGACAAUCCAGCUAAACUGUCCGACCAACAGGAGUCUGUGUGCCGGGGGCAGAACCCUUAUCCUAUCUAUGCCGGAAUCAAUGUCCGACUAAACAUCAGUGGUGGUGACUUUGCAGAAUGGUGUGAAUUUACCCCCCACGAAGUUGGAUUUCGGAAAUAUGGAGCAUUCAUCCGUACUGAAGAUUUUGCCAGCGAGUUCUUUAUGGGACAUCUUAUCCACAGGAGGAAAGAACCCAGGAUCUGUUACCUACAGGGAGUCUGGGGCAGUGCGUUUGCUGCAAACCUUGAUGAGAUUUGGGCUCGUGCAUCUGGUACGGGUAUCCGCUGGCUCAAUUCUUUGACCGAUGUUAUCAGGGUGAUAGAUGACUGCCGGAGAUUCCACUUCCGGGACUCCUCUCGCCUACAGACUCGUUUGGUGAUGCCAGGAGGGAUAGUGUCAGACCUGUUCCAGGAUGUUUUCAAGUCUCGGUUCACUGCUGGAGAACGAUACAACUUCACCAGAGGCCUGUACCUAUACAAAAACUACGUGGGCGUAAAGGAGUUUGUAGCUUGGAAAGGGAAUCACUUGGAUGCUUUCCCCAACUUAUUAACUCCAAUGGAGGAAAAUUUGUACCUAGUAGAUGGCGGUUUCUCAAUCAAUUCUCCUUUUCCACUGGUGUUACAGCCAGAGAGGGAUGUUGAUGUCAUAUUGUCCUUCAACUACUCUUGGUGUGCUCCAUUUGAGAUCCUGCACCUAACUACACAGUACUGCAGGGAAAGGGGCAUCCCAUUCCCCAAGAUUACAGUGAGCGAGGAAGAUGAGAAACAACCUAAAGAAUGCUAUCUGUUCAUGGAUGCCGAUAACCCAAGAACACCCAUAGUGCUUCAUUUUCCUUUGGUAAACGACUCCUUCUGUGCAUACAAAGCACCAGGAGUACUGCGUGAGACGGAGAAAGAGAAAGCGCAGGCAAACUUUGUACUUAAAGGAAAAGAUUCUAUUUAUCGGACAAAAAACUUCACGUAUGAACCAAAUGACUUUGACCGGCUGCUAGACCUCAACCGGUAUAAUGUGCUGAACAACAAAGACCAGAUUAGGAAUGUGCUAAAGAUCGCAUUGGACCGUAGGAAAAAAAAAGUGACCAAGCCAUUUACUUGGUCAAAACUUGAAAAACUGUUUUCAUAGUCUACAGUGUGCAAACACCCGUUUUUACACUCAGGUCAUGACUCCAUAUUUACUGUAUUAUUAAAGAUUGGAAGCAUAUUGCACAUGAACUUAUGCAUACAUGAGUAAAUUAAGGCAAAUUUAUGUUUGUGGGAAUAAGUGGCAGUUGUAAUGAAGAAAUUUCACAGUGGGAUCUAAAGCAGAAAUUAUAUAUAGUGACUUGCGCUAUAUAUAUUUUUAUUACAAAUGAAACAUAGAUUCAAACUCAUUCAUUAUUGAUUUUUUUAAAUAAAAACUCGAAAAUGCU